AAUUAAUCUCAUCCGUAAGAAUUCGCCAUUAGACCAAUAAUGAUGAUGUUUACAAGGAGAAUCUCCCAGGAGAUAUCUAAGAGGCCACCAAUGCCAUCAAAGUACUUGAAAGGCCAUAAGUUACUCCCUCUAAGUGGGAAAUUUAGUUACUCAGUGAUGAAUAAUAAGAGUUCUCUGGACAAGCCUAAGGUUAAGCAAUUGAUUAAUGAUCCUCAAAGGAACUUUAUAGCUCUGGAGAAGAACUCUACAGUCAGAUCUAGGCUUGAUACUUCAAAGACAAAGUUUGUGAAGCCUAUUGAUGUCAAUUCAUACAAACCUGUUCAUGAGCCAGUUAUUUUGUUAGAGAAUGGAUAUUAUUUACUUUAUUAUCACCGUCAGAGAACUUAUACUAUGUUUCUACUAUAUUUGAGAUACAUAAUUCCUAUUGUAGGGCUUAUAUACUUGAUUAAGAAGAACCCGUUCUAUAAAUCUUACCCAAUUAUGCUUCCAGUGAUGUUCAUCGCCCUAUUCACAGUGAUUUACAGAUGUGGCAGAUAUAGUGGAAAAACUAAUAGGAUGAUUCACCAAAUAUUAAUCGACCCCACUGGCACUGAGGCCACCUUUGUGUACAAGAAUAGGUUCAUGAGAAAGCUGAGGAACGACAAUCUUGAAGAUACAUUUCUGAUAAAAUCUCUUCUUAAUCCACCACAAGGGAGGGAGUACGUUCCUUUGAGAGGAAUGCUGUUCCCAGAGAAGUACCCCUUCAGAUGUGAGCUCUUAUCCCAGCCGUUUUACUUCUGGUUGAAGUACUAUACAUCGCAGAACAAUGUAUUUGCUAUUGCGAAGAACCCAAAUUAUAUUAAUUAUGAGAUCCUUUGAAACAUUUUUAAAACUAGGACGAUUGACUUCUCCGAGAGUAAAAUUUAUAAGCUAGCUAACUCCCAAUUGAGUAAUUUCCAACUGGAGUUCAUGCUAGAGACUAUGAAUCAGUACUCUAACUUUAGCUUUGCCAAAAGAAGAGAGAGGUAUGAUGGAAUAACCAAGAUCAUCGAAGAAGGAGCCCCAGAGGUUAAGGAAGAGCCAGUUGAUAAGUUCAAGAGUAAUAAGACUUUUGAAAGGAUCAUGAAUGAACCUUUAAAGAAGAGUAAUUAA